AUGGACGAUGACCUUGUUCUCAACAUCGCAACCGACGAUAGCGUAUCUAUCAAGGCCGGCUUGGGGAAGAAAGGUGGAAGAUGGACGGAAAGAUUAAAAGAGAAGCGUACAUUAAAACGCAAGUCUCGAACAGAGGAGAAAUCAACGCCUUCCGUGCUUGUAUCUAAAUCUUCGGAGAAUGACCGCCCUUCCAAAAAGGCACGAAUUGAAAGCGCACAGCCCAAGUCUACCGCGCAGGUGCCCACCGUACAACCUAACUCAUCGAAACAGGCGCGUGCUGCUCAACCUGUGCAGCCUUCACGACCUACUCAGAUAAUAUCUUCUCUAUUUUCAUACAAUCCCAAAGUGGAUGCCCCCGCCCCUCGACCAAUUGAACCCUCCAAAAUCACUGCACCAAGCAAUGCUCCUCUAGAUUCCUCAACAUUUUCUGGACUUGGUCUUAACCCUUUGCUCAUAUCGCAUCUAUCCUCAAAAAUGGACAUUCACAAACCCACAGCCAUUCAACGUGCUUCCUUACCUGCUCUCUUGUCGACUUUACCCGAAAAAAGUUCUCGAGAUGUUUUUCUUCAGUCCCAAACUGGUUCCGGAAAGACACUAUCUUACCUUCUUCCCAUCAUCCAAGAUCUACUCCCUCUCAGCUCACUGUCCUAUAUUGAUAGAUCAAUAGGGACUCUUGCAAUAAUCAUUGCCCCCACUCGAGAAUUGGCCAAGCAAAUCUCUGAUGUACUAGAAGCUAUUCUGAAAAUGCGUUUGCGUGCUGAGGACUCAUCGACCACCUCACCAGACACCUCGACUCAACUAACACGCUGGCUAGUCUCCGGCCUUCUUGUAGGUGGAGCAACGCGUACACAUGAAAAAGCAAGGCUACGUAAAGGCCUCCCCAUUCUAGUCUCGACACCUGGUCGCCUUCUUGACCAUCUACAAAAUACUUCCUCAUUUAACGUGGGGAAAUGUCGAUGGUUGGUGUUGGAUGAAGCAGAUCAGCUCAUGGAACUUGGGUUUGAGGAGACGAUUACCGGUAUUAUUCAAGGUCUUGACGGACGGCGCAGAAUGGCUAAGCAGGCAAUGGAGGAGGGGAAAACAAAUGAAGUCGGUGGGUGGGACUGGGAACGACGUAGAAGGACGAUCCUAUGUUCCGCUACUAUUAGGGAGGAUGUCCAGAAACUUGCAGGGACUGCUCUCUCGAAUCCUCUCAUGGUAAAAGCAACUGAAUUUGACAAAGACGAAAACGUCAAUACAACGUCGUCGAAUCCCGAAAAAUCCCUUGUCAUUGGAUCCAAUCCCGAAACAUUUACCCCGCCUUCACAACUCUCGCAAAAAUACGUUACGGUACCACUGAAACUGCGGUUAGUUUCUCUUAUCGCACUCCUGCGGAAACUCGUUGCAGAAACUCAGGUGCGACGAGGAGCCAAAAUCAUUGUCUUUCUCAGUUGCACAGAUUCAGUUGACUUCCAUUGGAAUUUGUUGGCUGGGUCUUCAAUGGCCGGUCCCGAACCUCAUUCAUUGGCAGGAAAAGAUGACGAUGAGAGCGAUGAGAGCAGCGAAGAUGGGGAUGUGAAAUCCACAUCUAAAGUAUAUCCUGACAAGGUCGAAGCACAAUGUUCACUUUUACCCGAUGUCACAGUUUUCCGACUCCACGGUUCCCUUCCCAACAAUCUACGUCUUGCUGCCCUUAAAGGUUUUACGGGUAGCCAAGGCAAGAAGAACAAACCUGCUCAAGAAAAUUCCUCUAUUCUUUUCUGUACUUCUGUAGCAGCUCGCGGUUUAGAUCUGCCUCUAGUUCGCGCAGUUGUUCAGUACGAUCUCCCGACAGAAGGUGGCGUUACUGAGUACGUCCAUCGUGUGGGACGCACUGCACGCGCCGGGAAGGGUGGUGAAGCUUGGGCCUUCGUUGCGCCGAGCGAAGUAGAAUGGGUCAAGUGGGCGGAGAACAAGAUGCAAGGCGAAGAGACAGGCGACAGUUCAAAGGUGUCGCUGAUUGGAGUUGCUGUCGAAGACCUUCUUCGAUCGGGAUUUGGAGGAAGAGGGUCUGAAUACGAACAACGUUCGACAGAGGUUCAACUUGCGUUCGAACGGUGGGUUCUGCAGAAUAAAGAGAAUGCACUCAUGGCACGAAAGGCUUUCUUAUCACACAUGCGAGCUUACGCCACGCACCCUUCAAGUGAAAAACAUAUUUUCCACAUCCGUAAUCUUCAUAUGGGACACUUGGCAAAAGCCUUUGCUCUGCGAGAUGCUCCAAAAUCCGUCAAGGUUGCCCAUGCUCCAUCACAAAAGAAAAAUGAUGCCCAAACCAAAACUCACCGGGCCAGUAAUAAAGCCAAAACAGAGGGUGUAAAAGAUUGGGAGAAAAGUCACAGUGGUGAAGCUGAGAAACGUAUGCAAGCCAUCGUACGAGCACAGGGUCGCCUUAUCAAGCAGGGUGGUGUUAUGGCCAGUAUGGGUGCAUCUGAAUUCCAAAUUUCUGGUGGUUAUGACCUCGAAAAGUUAGUUGGUCGGUAG